CAGUCAGCGAGAGACACCCAGCCCCAGCAAAUGGAUUGGGCAGCCCGUCUUGACACACCACUGUGCUGAGUGCUUGAGGACGUGUUUCACCAGAUGGUUGGGGUUAGUGUGUGUGUCAUCACAUCUGAGUGGGGAUUAGGAGCAGGAAGGCUGCCUCGCUGGAGCUGUGUGGUCUUCUCCAAGCGAGAGUUGCAGGCAAGAGAACUACUUCCUUGGGGAAGAAGAGGAGGAAUUCGUUUUCUGCAGCCACAAGAAAAGCAGUUUUUUCAGGUGCGGACGGCCAGCCAUCACCAUCUGAGGAAGGUGAAUUUGGCAAAUGACAUGCAGAUUCUCCAAGACAGAAUAAUUGCAGAAAAUCUUCAAAGGACCCCAUCUGCAGAUGUCCUGAAUACCUCUGAGUAUAGCAAUUGAUUAUUCAACCAGGAUACCUAAUUCAAGAGCUGCAGGAACCAGGAGACAGACAUUUUGUCAGUUUUGCGACAUUGGACCAAGCACAAUGAAGUAUUCUUGCUGUGCUCUGGUUUUGGCUGUGCUGGGCACACAGCUGCUGGGGAGCCUCGGUUCAACCAUCAGAUCCCCGAGGUUCAGAGGCCGGAUACAGCAGGAACGAAAAAACAUCCGACCCAACAUCAUUCUUGUGCUCACCGAUGAUCAGGACGUGGAGCUGGGGUCCCUGCAAGUCAUGAACAAAACCAGGAAGAUUAUGGAGCGUGAGGGGGCCACCUUCACCAACGCCUUCGUGACGACGCCCAUGUGCUGCCCCUCCCGGUCCUCCAUGCUCACGGGCAAGUAUGUGCACAACCACAACAUCUACACCAACAACGAGAACUGCUCUUCCCCCUCCUGGCAGGCAGUGCACGAGCCGCGGACUUUUGCCGUCUAUCUGAACAGCACCGGCUACAGAACAGCCUUUUUUGGAAAAUACCUCAAUGAAUAUAAUGGCAGCUACAUCCCUCCUGGGUGGCGAGAAUGGCUUGGAUUAAUCAAGAAUUCUCGUUUCUAUAAUUACACUGUUUGUCGCAAUGGCAUCAAAGAAAAGCAUGGAUUUGAUUAUGCAAAGGACUACUUCACAGACUUAAUCACUAACGAGAGCAUUAAUUACUUCAAAAUGUCUAAGAGAAUGUAUCCCCAUAGGCCCAUUAUGAUGGUGAUCAGCCACGCGGCACCCCACGGCCCCGAGGACUCAGCCCCACAGUUUUCAAAACUGUACCCCAAUGCUUCCCAACACAUAACUCCCAGUUAUAACUAUGCACCAAAUAUGGACAAACACUGGAUAAUGCAGUACACGGGACCCAUGCUGCCCAUCCACAUGGAAUUCACAAAUGUUCUACAUCGCAAACGGCUUCAGACUUUGAUGUCAGUGGACGAUUCUGUGGAAAGGCUGUACAAUAUGCUUGUGGAAACAGGGGAGCUGGAGAAUACUUACAUCAUCUACACUGCCGACCACGGUUACCAUAUCGGGCAGUUUGGACUGGUCAAGGGGAAAUCCAUGCCAUAUGACUUUGAUAUCCGUGUGCCUUUCUUUAUUCGUGGUCCAAGUGUAGAACCAGGAUCGAUAGUCCCACAGAUUGUUCUAAACAUUGACCUGGCCCCUACCAUCCUGGACAUUGCUGGGCUCGACGCACCUCCUGACAUAGACGGCAAGUCUGUCCUCAAACUCCUGGACCAGGAAAAGCCAGGUAACAGGUUUCGAACAAACAAGAAGGCCAAAAUUUGGCGUGAUACAUUCCUCGUGGAAAGAGGGAAAUUUCUACGUAAGAAGGAAGAAUCCAACAAGAAUAUCCAACAGUCAAAUCACUUGCCCAAAUAUGAGAGGGUCAAAGAACUGUGCCAGCAGGCCAGGUACCAGACAGCCUGUGAACAACCUGGGCAGAAGUGGCGGUGUGUCGAGGACGCGUCUGGCAAGCUUCGGAUUCACAAGUGCAAGGGGUCUGGUGACCUGCUUGCUGUCCAGCACAGCACGAGGCCCCUCUUCUCUCGCAGCUUCCACGACAAGGACAAAGAGUGCAAUUGUGGAGAUGCCGGUUAUCGGGCCAGCAGAAGCCAGAGAAAGAGUCAGAGGCAGUACCUAAGGAACCAGGGGACCCCGAAGUACAAGCCCAGAUUUGUCCAUACCCGGCAGACACGCUCCUUGUCAGUCGAAUUUGAAGGCGAAAUAUAUGACAUAAACCUGGAAGAAGAAGAACUGCAAGUCCUGCGACCGCGAAACAUUGCCAAGCGUCAUGAUGAAGGUCGCCAGGGGCCCAGAGGCCGCCAGGCCAGCAGCGGCGGUGAUGGGGACGCGAUGCUGGCCGACAGCGGCAAUGCCGUGGGCCUGCCCGCCACUGUCCGAGUGACGCACAAAUGCUUUAUUCUUCCAAAUGAUACAAUCCAUUGUGAGAGAGAACUUUAUCAAUCAGCCAGAGCCUGGAAGGACCACAAGGCAUACAUUGAUAAAGAGAUUGAGGCUUUGCAAGAUAAAAUUAAGAAUUUAAGAGAAGUGAGAGGACAUCUAAAGAGAAGGAAACCUGAGGAGUGUGGCUGCAAUAAACAGAGCUAUUACAACAAAGAGAAAGGUGUGAAAAAGCAAGAGAAAUUAAAGACCCACCUUCACCCAUUCAAAGAAGCCGCUCAAGAAGUAGACAGCAAACUGCAGCUUUUCAAGGAGAACCGCAGGAGGAAGAAAGAGAGGAAGGAGAAGAAGCGUCAGCGGAAGGGUGAAGAGUGCAGCCUUCCUGGCCUCACCUGCUUCACGCAUGACAACAAUCACUGGCAGACUGCGCCGUUCUGGAACCUGGGCUCUUUCUGUGCUUGCACGAGUUCUAACAACAACACCUACUGGUGUUUGCGGACAGUUAAUGAGACGCAUAAUUUUCUUUUCUGUGAGUUCGCCACUGGCUUUUUGGAGUUUUUUGAUAUGAAUACUGAUCCUUAUCAGCUCACAAAUACCGUGCACACAAUAGAACGGGGCGUUUUGAAUCAGCUACACAUGCAGCUGAUGGAACUCAGGAGCUGUCAAGGGUAUAAGCAGUGCAACCCAAGACCUAAGGGCCUAGAAGUUGGAAAUAAAGAUGGAGGAAGCUAUGACCUGCACAGAGGACAGUUAUGGGACGGAUGGGAAGGUUAGUCAGCCCAGUCUCACUGCAGACGUCAACUGGCAAGGCCUGGAGGAUCUAUACCGUGUGAAUGGAAGCAUCUACGAGGACAGACCAAACUAUAGACUUAGUCUGGUUGACUGGACUAAUUACUUGAAGGCUGCAGAUAGAG